AAGUGUCCUGAGUGGGAGAGAAGACGAGCRCGAGCAUCUCGCCUGAGAAGCAGGUUUGGGAGGUGUGUGUUUCGUUGUGCUGCUGUCGGUGGCUGGUGCAGGAGGCGAGCCCCGUGCGGGCCUGGGGCCCUGCCAGCGCAGCGAUGCCGGUCGUAUCUGGCCUGAUCCUUUCAGCCUCCCAGCUUGUUGUGCAAAGUGGCUUCAUGCACUGACACUGGAGACAUUCAGAAGGGGCCCUCCCUUUGGAAAGGGCAUAAAUCCACCUGCCAUUGCAACGCAGUCCUCCCGGAGCAAAAAGGUGCUGACAGGAGCCUGCCCAGCGCCAGAGGUGGACAUUCCAACACGGACGGAGGCUAGGAGACUCUGUGGAAGUGGAUUUUCAACAUGAAGCUUGCAGCAAAUCUUCUCUGUUUGUUCACAUGCCUCAUAGCGGUGUCUUGUGACCGUGUUUAUGUCCACCCCUUCAAUUUGUUCUCUUUUAACGAGAGCACCUGCAAGGAGCUGGAGAACUUGGUCCAGGAGGGAAAGAAAACAUUUGUCCCUGUCCCGAUAGAGUCCCAAACCACAGCGGCCUAUGAAGAUGAUCUGAAUGACAAAGCCAAGCAGGAAACCAUGAGCCUGGGAAUUCACGGGAGGCAGAAACUGAGCUACCUGAAGAACUUAGUGUACGUCCUCGGUGCACGGUUUUACAGUGAGCCAGGGGAAGCGCAGAGGGGCCAAAACCGCCUCCUGUCCCCAACCAGUAUCUACAGCACCUUGGUGUCCCUCUACCUAGGUGCGUCAAACCAGACAGCAACUGACUUGCAGGGUUUGCUGGGAUUUGUCCCUCCCUCCGGAGACCCUAACUGCACCUCCAGAGUGGAUGGCAACAACGUCCUUGCCACCCUGAGGACUAUCGAAAGCUUCUUGGUCAAGAACAGGGAUGAGGAGUUGCUCUUUUCCAAGACGCUCUACCUCUUCUCUGCUCCUGGGGUGCCUUUGUCCGAGUCCUUUGUGCAUGAGCUGGUCCCCUCCGCUGACGCGCUUUACAUCCGAGCCGUCGAUUUCACCAACCCAGGUGAGGCAGCAAAGCAGAUAAACGCCUUCGUGGAGGCCAAAAGUGAGGGCCGGAGCAAGCACUUACUGACGGACCUCGACCCAGCCAGCAGCCUGCAGCUUGCAGUGGACAUUCACUUGGCAGCCACUGUGAAGAAAGCCUCGCGGCUGAAAGAGCCCCACGAAUUCUGGGUUGAUGCGAACACCAAGGUCUUGGUGCCUGGGAUGUCGGUGACGGGCACAUUCAAGUACAAAACUGACACCAGCAAAAGCUUCGCGGCCAUUGAGGUUCCUGUCAGCAAAGACGCUCUGCUCGUGCUGAUGCAGCCCCUUGACGGCAACGCGCUGCACAAGAUAGAAGCUGAGCUGCCGCUGCAGUUCUCUGCCUGGCUUCAGGAUUUGUCCCCAAGACAAAUUAAAUUAACUUUACCAGAGUUAACAAUAGAAGGCAACUCUGAUCUUCAGGAACUGCUCAGAGAUAUGAAGCUGUCUGCACUGCUGGGGAAGGAAGCAGACCUCAGUAAAAUAAGCGAUGCUAAUCUAACUGUUGGAAAGGUAAUAAAUAAAGCCCUUUUCAAACUGAACAGUGAUGGAGCACAUCAACCAGAAGAUCCUGCAACACAAAAGGAAGAUGUGGUGUUUCUGGAAGUAACGCUGAACAAGCCAUUCCUUGUAGCUGUCUUUGAGCAGAGGUCUAAAGCAAUGCUUUUCUUAGGCAGAGUAACAAACCCACUGAGCAGGGUUUAAAUGCAAGCAGUGAGAAGAGUGGGCAAGCGGGAAAUAAAUGAUGGGGAUUCCCACCUUCUUUCCCAACAUCUUUGUGUUAUAUUCAUCAGUACUCACGAUCUUUGAUCUUUUAAAGUACUUAAGCAGAUACUGUUUGAAAUACAGCUUCUUAAAAAGCUACAAAAUACAAAAUUGUCUGCAACGCUCCAUCAUUUCUCAUGUGCUUCAAGUGAGAUGACUUAAACUUUCCUCAUCUGUCCU